AUGUCGAUUUCGGGGGCCCCGCCGCGACCUCCCCGAACGGAAAGUGCAGCACCUCCCGCGCAGCCGCCAACAUCGCACCCAAGAAAAAAGUUCCAGUGGAAGCUUCCGCAAGCCCCUCCGCCUGACUCGUAUACAUUACGCGGUCGCCGGAAACCAGACGCCUGGGUCUUUGCCGGAACCAAAGCUGAUGUAUUCGAGAGAAAACGGCGUCGGAAGAGAUCCAACGCGGGUCACCGACAAUCGGAAACCUCGUCCUCGUCCUCUUCCUCAUCUUCAUCGUCGUCGUCCUCAAGCUCAAGCAGCUCGAGUGAGGACGACGAAGCAGUUCCGACGCGGAAGCACUCAGUAGGCGCAAGAGCAAAUAAAGCGCAGCCAAAGCGGAGUCAAUAUUUAACCGAUGGGGGUAAGCGCUUGGGAGAGUCCAGCAAGACUUUGAACAGCCCUUCGGAAAGCAAAGAACGCAAAACAGCAGCGGAAAAGCAUGACGACUUCUGCGUGGAGAUGUCGGGAGCAGAUCGCAGCGAUGCAGAGGAUAACGAUGUCGUCGACGCCAACGCCGGAGAGAAAGUUGAGGGUGACGAAAGAACGGAGGGACGGGUCGAAGCCGUUCACGGCGCCGCAGGUGCUACUAUGUACAUCGACGGUGACUUGGAGAAGGGAACAGAGGGGGACUUCGUGACGGAAGAAUUCGGUGAUCUCGACGCAAACAUUCAAUUUUACGACGAGAUACAUGCGCAGCAUCCAAAGCAUGUCCCCACCGUCGGGCGGUGGAAACGAUGGAUCAAGCCGAGUCCGGCUCGUCAGUUCUUUAUUGGAGAUACUCUUCAUCGAGAGCGGAAGCCCCGAAAGGUUUCUUGGGAGGAUUUGUUUACGGACCUGGUUUACGUGGCUGCUACAAGCAAGACGGCCGAAGUUAUUAAGUUCUCGAAGGCUCUUAACGGCGAGACCAUUGCACAUUUCAUCCUGGUGUUUGCUCCCCUGUGGCUGACGUGGGGGUUGAACCAGAAUUUCACCAACGUAUUUGGUAUCGGCACCGGCUUUUGGCAUCGAUUUCACGCAUGGAUGCAAAUGAUUCUAGUUGCCGGGAUGGGCAUCACAGCGGAGAGUGCGUUCAAAGAGGAUGCACACGAGAAUACCGGACACUUGUUUAUAUCCAUCUUCCUGCUCUCCCGACUUCUGUACGUUCUCUCCUACUCGAAAGUCUUCAUAAGCAUGCCCAAAUUCUGGCCGCAUGCGGCACUACGAGUAGGGGGCACCGUUUUUGCAAGCAUCCCGUGGUUCAUCAGCAUCUUUACUCCGCAAUCAACGCAAACGUGGCUCUGGACCCUUGGAUUAGGGACCGAGUUGCUUUCCCGCUUCGCCACAUAUGCCGCUCGAUACUUCGUUGCUAGAACGCAAGUUUGUCUUGUUUCUCGUUCCACUGGGGAGGUGGUCGUCUCAGUCUUGUGGGUGGCACACGAAGGCGGAUUUUCCCGCGCCUACUUAUCGACUGUGUUGGGAUUGACCAUCACCAUCAGCGUUCAAUGGAUCUACUUCACCAUGGACAAUGGAAAGCGGUUUCGGCAUGCCCUCCGAAGGGCUCACCUCCUUGGAUUCGCUUGGCAAAUGCUCCACCUCCCAUUACACACGUGCCUGGUGGCCGCCGGUGCGGGGCUUUCCGAACUCAUCCUAAUCGUUGGACAUAUCGAUCCGCAACAUCCGGAAUAUGACGAAAACACGCCUGUCAGCGAUUGGUUGCGAUGGAUCUUUUGCGGCGGAUUCGGGAUAGCUAUCAUAACCUGCGCCGCGAUUUCGAUGCUGCACCAGCACGGCAGGUCACAUGAAAGGAUUCCGAAAAGUGUGAGGAUGUUUGCCAGACUAUGCACUGGCGCGGCACUGGUCCUUGUAGGAGGUCUCGGCCAUAGGUUGAGAGCUCUUGCUUUGAUUGCAACUACCGCGGCACUUUAUCUGGGGCUGGCAAUCUUCGAGGAGUACGGAAGCAGCAAAAGCAGCAAAGCUAAGGCGCGCGCACGGCGGAAAUCUGCCAAGAAGCAUACCGGAAGCGACGUCGGCGAUUCGGCCGAACAAUGUGUCGGCAAGGCAGGAAUAUAA